GUCAGAGACAGUUGCAGCUACAAUUAAAGAGAAGCAGGACCAGUAAAUGGAAACAGAAGAUCAUAAAUCAAACUGAGAAGAAAAGAGAGCGAGAGAGACGGAUGCAGGCUGCUAUUUAAAAUUGCACGAGCAGAAGAGAAAAGAAAAGAUUCUGUGGACUCAACAAAGAGCAUCUGUGAAGCUAUGCGGCCACGGUCCAGACUGCUGUCCAAGAGAAGACUGACACUGCCUACAAUCAGAGAGGGCAGCGAGGAGACGGUGAGAGAUUUGAAUGAAGCCAACACACUCUAUAAUUCUGCUCACCGCCAGGCUGUCUCAUCAGAGGACUACCUCCUCUCCAUCUGCCACCUGGCCCACCCCACCUUCCCCACCCGGGACAUUUCCCCUGACAGUUUCCACGCACAUCAGCAGGACGCUGCGCAGCAGAAGCUGAGGCCAUCACGGCUCAGUGAGACCACACUAAGCACUUCUGAAUGCAACCCAAAAGAGGAGGCAUGUGCCACUGAUGUGCAGCAGGUGGAGGUAAAAGAACUGAAUGGAGAACUGAAGUUUGGUAAUUCUGACCCUCUGGAGUAUCUUUAUGGACACCAGAACAACUUCUCUGCCCUCUCAGGCAGUAGGAGGAGAGCAUUUGUUGAGGGGAGGUUUGUAAGGCAACACAGCAGCGUGUGGGAGAGCCAGGUUUGCAUGCAAGCCCACGGCAUCUCUGUUGCUUCAAAUCCAGAUUUCCAACAACAAUGCAAGAGCAGUUGCCCUGAAUUAAACACAAGCACUGGCACUUCAGUUCCAAACAUCUCCCCAAAACACACCUUAGCCAGGUCGGAGGUCAGGACAGCUUCCCCAGCAGACAGAAAGGCAGAGGGAGAAAGAGCGAAUCUGACCAUCAAACAGUCCCUCAUCUCCCAGUGGAUCUCUGACUGCAGGCUGGCAUGGAGGGAGGCACGUGCACGAGCCUGCAUGCUGCCUGCCAUUGCUGAGGUGUAGGGUGUAAAUGGACAGUCAGUGUGACAUUCCUCAGUAAAGUAUCCUAAUCUUUUGUGUCAGUGCGCGAGACAGUGACAUUAGGAGACACAUAGAAAUACACAUUUGAAAUCAUACAGAGGCAAGUAAAUACUACCACGACUGUCCAUCUGUAACAUUAUAUCAGUGUUAAUAUUUACUAUACAACCUUCCUACUCCUGAUGUAUGCCGGUAAUCAUACAAAUUCAUGAAAAUGAGCAACUGUGUAAUGUCCUUUUUAAUAUCUUCCAGUGUUUGUAAAUUACAUAUGAAUGAAUA